GGAGUCUCCCGGGCCGCCGGAGCAUGCGCGGGGCUGCGCCGGCGGGGAUCGCUAUGGCAGCGGCGUCGUCGUGUGCCCGUUAGCGCUCGGGCCCGGGCCCGGCUGCCUCCGCAGCCACAGGCACCGCAGCCUCUCGGACAUGAGCCGGGCGUCCUGUUGUGGCCUCCUGCCCUGCCCUCCGCCGCCGCCGCCGCCGCCGCAUCUCGACUGUGGGCCCGCGCCGGGAACAUGCCCCUGGCCGCCUACUGCUACCUGCGGGUCGUGGGCAAGGGCAGCUACGGGGAGGUGACGCUCGUGAGGCACCGGCGGGACGGCAGGCAGUACGUCAUCAAAAAACUGAACCUCCGAAAUGCCUCCAGCCGAGAGCGGCGAGCUGCUGAACAGGAAGCCCAGCUAUUAUCUCAGCUGAAGCACCCCAAUAUUGUCACCUACAAGGAGUCGUGGGAGGGAGGGGACGGUCGGCUAUACAUCGUCAUGGGCUUCUGCGAAGGAGGUGAUCUGUACCGAAAGCUCAAGGAGCAGAAAGGGCAGCUUCUGCCUGAGAGUCAAGUGGUGGAGUGGUUUGUUCAGAUCGCUAUGGCUCUGCAGUAUUUACAUGAAAAACACAUCCUUCACCGAGAUCUGAAAACUCAAAAUGUCUUCCUGACAAGAACAAACAUCAUCAAAGUGGGUGACCUAGGAAUUGCUCGAGUGUUAGAGAACCACUGUGAUAUGGCUAGCACCCUCAUUGGCACACCCUACUACAUGAGCCCUGAAUUGUUCUCAAACAAACCCUACAACUAUAAGUCUGAUGUUUGGGCUCUAGGAUGCUGUGUUUAUGAAAUGGCUACCCUGAAGCAUGCUUUCAAUGCAAAAGACAUGAAUUCUUUAGUUUAUCGGAUUAUUGAAGGAAAGCUGCCGCCAAUGCCAAAAGAUUAUAGCCCGGAGCUGGCAGAACUGAUAAGAACAAUGUUGAGCAAAAGGCCUGAAGAAAGACCCUCUGUGAGGAGCAUCCUGAGGCAGCCUUACAUAAAGCACCAGAUCUCCUUGUUUUUGGAGGCCACCAAGGCAAAAACCUCCAAAAAUAAUAUUAGAAAUGGUGACUCUAAAUCCAAGCCUGUUGCUUCUGUGGUUUCUGAAAAGGCUGAAUCAAAUCAUGAAGUAAUUCCUUCCCAACCACACUCUUCUGAGGGUUCCAAGACACAUGUAAUGGGUGAAGACAAAGGUUUAUCCCAGGAGAAACACAUAGACAUUGGUCCUUUGAAGACACCUGCAAGUCUGAAAGGCCAUACCUGCAAACCAGACAUGAGCAGUGCCACAGAGUCACUAGCCACAAUCAGUAGAGUGAAUAUUGACAUCUUACCUGCAGAAAGGGACUUGAGUGAUGGCUUAGUUCAAGAAAGUGAGCCAAGACACACAGAUGCCUCUAAUGAGCUAGAAGGUAAAUGCAAUAUUUCUCAAAAGAAGGAGAGGCUGCAGGAUAACACUAAGUCCAGCACUCAACCUGAAAACCUGAUUCCUACAUGGUCCUCUGACGAUGUCACUGCGGAAAGAAAUGACCCAGUAAAGCCUCUACAACCCCUAAACGACCAAAAGCCUAAGGAUCAGGAUCAAGUUGCUGGUGAAUGUAUUACAGAGAAAGAGGACAGAAUCCACUCAGGUUUACAGCCACAGAUCUCUGGAUCUGAACCUUCCCUGUCUCGACAGCGACGGCAGAAGAAAAGAGAACAGACUGAACACAGUGAGGAAAAGAGACAGUUCCAAGAGGCUCCUCCUCAACUUUUGCCUUCUCUUUCUACUGUUGAAAAAGUGGAUGUCACAGUGACCCAAAAGGAUACUGAAAACCAAAGCAGAGUGGUCACUGGGCCUGUGAAUAGUUCGAGGAGCAGUGAGAUGUCAUCAUCAAAGGAUAGACCAUUGUCAGCAAGAGAGAGGAGGCGACUAAAGCAGUCACAGGAAGAGAUAUUCCCCUCAGGCCCUUCAGUGAGGAAAGCUUCUCUGAGUGCAACGGGGCCAGGGAAGCCACAAGAAGAAAGCCAGCCCACCCCUGCCCGAUGGUUGUCUUCUGACCAAAGCUUUGCUCAGGCUUCACUUGUGAACUUCAUGGGUGAACUGGGACAUCAUUGGGAAAGAAAACUCACCCAUUGUUUCUCAGAGGAAGAGUUAAGUUCUUCUACAAGUUCAACUGAUAAAUCAGAUGGAGAUUCCAGAGAAGGGAAAGGUCAUACAAAUGAAAUGAGUGAUUUGGUACAAUUGAUGACUCAGACUCUAAAACUGGACUCUAAAGAGAGCUGUGAAGAUCUCCCAGUGCCAGAUCCAGUGUCAGAAUUUAAACUUCAUCGGAAGUAUCGGGACACGCUGAUUCUUCAUGGGAAAGUAGCGGAAGAGGCAGAGGAGCUCCAGUUUAAAGAGCUACCUUUAGUUAUUGUGCCAGGUUCCGAAAAGAUCAGAAGAAUAGUUGAAGUCUUAAGAGCUGAUGUAAUCCGGGGCCUGGGGAUUCAGCUUUUAGAGCAGGUGUAUGAUCUUUUGGAAGAAGAAGAUGAAUUUCAGAGAGAGGUACGUUUACAGGAGCACAUGGGUGAAAAAUAUACUACUUACAGUGUGAAAGCUCGCCAGUUGAAAUUUUUUGAAGAAAAUGUGAAUUUUUGAGAAUUAAUUCUGAUCUGCUGCCAGAAUUAAAAGACCUACAUUCAAAGGUUUUUGGCAUACACAGAAACAAACCUAUAAUCAUGGCUGGAGGCCAUUCACUGUCCUUCUCUUUGGGGUUUUUUUACUGGAAAAAAAAAAGAACAGAGUAAAAGCGAGCUCACAGAAGAAAGAAAAAAAAAACAUUGUCUAGCUUACUCUCUUUAUGAGGAAAAAUCUAAGACUUUGGUUACUGUUUACUGAGCCUUAAAUCACCAACUUUAUACUUAGAACUUUUUUUAAGGUACUAAUUAGCUUGAAUACAGGACCAUAUAAUAUUGGAAAUUUUAUAUUAUCUUAUAGUGAUAAAAGCAAUAGAAAUAAAUGACAUAGUAUGUCUAGUGAUACUACUUGUCAUUGUUAAUUACCUUAUGUAGUAGUUGAUCAGUCAUUUUUUUAAAAAGCCAAUUUACAAUUCUGGGAUUAGACAAAGAAUAUGAAGCUGUAUCUAAUACCUGAGCAACUGAAUUCCUUCUUUACAUAUUUAUAGUCUUUUAACAUUUUAUUUUCAUGUAAUAUGCACUUUGUUUAGGGUAUACAAGAAUUGAAACUAAGAGAUAUUUUGGUUCUGUAAAUCAAUGUUUUUACAUGCUGGUGUUUUUAGAUUUAUUUUUCCAUUAGUGAAAACAUUUCUUAAACACUAAUUCCUUUUCCAGUUGAGCAAUUUAUAAGUAGAGUCCAGCUCCUUUUAGUUACGGACAUAUUUGUCUCUUGAAGUUUGGCUUCUUAUACAUCAAGAUAUUGUCUUCCCAUGUUUUAAAUGUAUGCUUGUAUAUCACAUAUUUUAUUAAUUGUUUAAUAAGGGGUAAUGCCCACCUAGGAAAGUUUUUAUAAAAGUCUUGAUUACUAAAGUUUCACUUCUGAAUUCAAGGGACUCUACAAAUAAAUUCUGCUCCAGAAAUGUUUUUAGUUUUUAUAAUUAAAAAUGUAUCUUACCCUUUUUUGAAAAUACACAUCAUACUCUGUUUGCUUUCCAGUCACUUAACAGACCUUUUAUUUUUUUUUACUGUGCGCCACGUACUGUGCCAGGAGCUAGAGAUAUAGUGGUGAAUAAAACAAUACUCCCUGCUCUUAUAAUGCUCAUGGCCUGGUUUCUGAGACCUCUUCUGUUUACAUUGAAGGGUUUGUUAGAACUCAACUAUAAAAUUAUAAAGUCCCAAUGCCCACUUGGGGAAAAAUCUUUGGCAAACUGUUUGUCUUCAUGAGCUAUUCACCAUUUCUUGCAUGUUUCAGAAGUCUGUAUCUUUUUGGACAGUCAUUGAUUUAACUUUUCUUAUUGGUAUGAAGUUGUAUAUAUUAUUUUCUUAGAAUAAAAAAAAUCUCUCCUAUACUUUA